AUGGAGAGGAAGAUUCCAGCAAGAGAAGUAAUGGCAACAAAGGAAUUUGUGAUAGAGAAUGCAGCAGAGGGUGCAUCAGCUUCUCCUGAGUUUGAUGCUGGACCAUUUGUUCCUGGUGCUGGUGGAGAAGAAGUGUUUGGGGUUGGUGAUGAAGGAGAGGGUGUUGGAGAAGUGGUUGUAGGAGAGGGUGUUGGUGAUGUGUUUGUGGAGGGUGAUGGAGCAGGUGCUGAGUUGGGUGAUAAUGAUCUUGUGGGCGCGGGUGCAGGAGCUUGUUGUGCAAUGCAUGAUGUAGCCAACAACCCUAAUAUCAGAAACACUUUAAUUGCAACAGAGGCCAUUUUUUUGUAUAUGUUAUAUUGA